AUGAGCGGCAAUUCUGAUGAAGACAAGAGAGUUUCUGUUCAACUAACUAGUUUAUCCACACAGUUACUUGAAAGUAUUGAGAAGCAAUCUUCACUGGAGGAUAAACUGAGGCAAUCGAGAAAGAUCAUUGAAGAACAGAAAACUACUAUAACUCAAUACAAUGAACUAAGGAUUAAGUAUGAUCAGCUAGAUAAGAACUUUUCAAAAAAGAAAGUUGAUUUGCAAAGGCUAGAACAACAAUUACAAGCAGAAAAGCUUGGUAAAGCUGAAGCAGAACGGAAAGUUGACGAACUUAACAAAGAAGUAGAAGAACUGACAGCUUCAUUGUUCGAUGAAGCUAAUAAUAUGGUGGCUGACGCCAGAAAGGAAACAGAUUCCAUUGAAACAAAGAAUAAAAAACUAACUGAACAACUAUUAGAAAAGGACACGAUAUUGGAGACUUUAAAUUUACAAUUGAAGAACUUGAAGACAGUUUUACAAGAUUUGCAAACGGAGAGUAGCAUGUCUAUUAUAAAUAAUGGAAAUAUAUCUUUAAAAGGGGAUGUGCCGCUAUCUAACGAGAAUGGAGGAUCAUCAUCUCAUUCAUUGAAAAAGAUGUCUACAACUACAUCGUUUCAAUCUCAACAAGAAGUCGUGAAUUAUGCUAUCUUCACUCCAAAAAUUACAAAUAUACGUUAUGAUACUUUCCUAUAUAACGAAUUUUUGAAGUUUGUUGCUGUUUUGCCUCACUGUAAUAGUAUUAAAAACACAUCUGCAGAAUCUAAACUAUUAAGAAGACUUAUUAGCGACGAAAUACAUCCGGUACUAAGGCUUGAUACGUCUAAUGGCUUGGGUUGGCUAACAAAGAGGACAUUAAUGAAUCAAAUAGUAGAAGGUCUUGUUGUAAUCGAGCCGUUAAGUGGAAUAAAUGAAACGUAUAGACAGAGUGCACUUUAUGAAGUAAGCAUUUCAAAAAGCUCUAUUAAAUCUGACCAAAUUACAAAAGCAAAAAUGUUUAAUUUUCCUGCUGAUUCUCCUCCAAUUGCAGUACGUGAUCCAUGUGCCUUCUGUGAUGAAUCAAGAUCAGAUUGUAUUGGGCAUGCGAGAAUGUAUAUGUUGAAAACCCAGACUAGAAAUGAUGAUGAUACAUUAUCCAUCACAAAUCAGUACCCACUAUGUCAGGCAUGUUUGAUCAAAGUUAGACAAACUUGUGACAUUUUUGCAUUUUUAAGGUCCUUGAAAUCUGGUGUGUGGCAACUUGAAAAAGUUACAUUAUCAACGAUUUCCAAAGGUGAUACAUCCUCUUUUUUGAAGGUUGCUGAAAACCAAUUUAAGCAAAAUGAAAAGGCCACUGCUCAAGAGAAAAAACAAAAAAGAAAAAGUAUUAUCUCGUCUUUAGGGAAAAGUCAUUCGUCUUAUGUAAACGCAAAACUUGAUUGUACUGUUGAGCCAGUUGGAUUACCUUCUACUAACAUCCAAAGGGCAUGGUUACAACUUUGUAAACUUCGUUCGAUCUUGCAUUGGUCUCAUAUAGGUAUCUCGAACACUGAGGAUUGUGUUACCUCUACGUUUGCCCCAGUAGCGACAAACAACAAAGUUGUAGCUGAUAAAUUAGAGCCAUCCUUAUCGGGAACAUCAGGCACCAAUGGCUCUUUCAUUCCUCAAAGGGACAAUAAUGCAUCCGAAGAAUCAUUCUUAUCUAUUCCAGAGGACAUUGAUAAUGAUGAUGAUAUAUUUGAUUUUGAGAAUGAGGGGAAUACAACCGGAAAUAUAGAAAAUGGAAAUACUACUCUAGAAGAUCGUAAAGAGGAAAAUGAGACUGCCAACUUGACCGACGAACUAGAUACAGCUAAUGUAAGGGAUAUAGUUGAUUCAACAGAUGGAGUAGAAGCAGUGGAUGACAUAGAAGCAACUGAUGAAAUAGGAGCAACUGAUGAAACGGAAGCAACUGUUGAAGAUGAUAUAUUGAGUGUCGGUGAUUUAGUCAAAAUAAUAGAUGAAAACACAAUCACUCAUGUCAAUAAAGAGAAGCUACAUAUUGUUGAAGAAAAUCUAAACUUGGAGGUUAUAGAUUCGUCUCCCGCUAAAAAUACUAAUAAAAAAUCAAAUAAACACAAAGAUUUUAGGAAAAGUAUUCUUAAUGAUUUAGAUGCGUUAGAAGAACAAUUUGAAAGCGGUUUAAAGUUAAAUAAUUCGAAUGAAAAUGUAAAUACGACAAAAUGA